GAGAAACUCAUAGGAGGAAGAAGACAUUUCCCAGUCUCUUUGCAUAUUUAGCCGAUAUCCAUUCGGAUAUUUGCAGUGCCAGAUUUGCAGAAGACAAUAAAAGAGAAUUCCCUGGAUACAUCAGUGUGUCUUCAGUUCUGACCUGGAAUACCUGUAGCUGUCACUUCUUUAGGAUAUACUGUAUAUUCCAGAGAGGCAGAGAGAAGUCAGGAAAACAUGUACAAGAUGUUUCAUUAGAUGCCUUUUAUAAGUGUUAAACUGUCUGGCUCUGUCUUAUUUCCCGCUAAUUCGAUUGAAGUGCUCCAGUUAAGUGCUUAGACGGUGCUCCAGAUAUCACCAUGGCAACAAUUGUUAUGGAGAAGAUCGGCCGACUCUUCUUUAACCUGCAGCAGGUGAGGCGAGUUCCCCAAAUGCUCACCGACACUUUGCCUUCAAUGCCUGGCACCCUGCGUGACACUGAGGUGCCCUGUUUUUUCCGUGAGCGAUACAUCCACUCUGGCUAUCGGCCACUCCACCAGAACUGGCGCUACUACUUCCUGUCUCUCUUACGCCGCCACAACGAGACCAUAAAUGUUUGGACGCACCUUGUCGGGGCGUUAGUGAUGCUCAUAAUGACAGCCCAACUUAAUGAGACUGUAGAUUUCAUCAAUGACCCUCAUUCCUGGGCUCUACUCAUUCUUCUCUUGUCAUCAACAGGCUACUUGACCUUCAGUGCCAUGGCCCAUUUGUUGGCGGCAAAAUCUGAGCUCUGCCAUUAUUCCUUCUUCUACCUGGAUUAUGUAGGUGUGGCGAUGUAUCAGUAUGGGAGUGCAGUGGCACACUACUACUAUGCCAUUGAAGAAAGCUGGCAUGCAUGUGUCCGGGGCUUUUUCAUGCCUAUUGCUGGUCUGCUAUGUUGCCUUUCCUGCUUCGGCUGCUGUUAUGGGAAGUAUCGGAAUUACAGUCUACCUCCUUGGGUUCGUAAAGUAGGUCAAGUUUUGCCUUCAGCUCUAGCUUAUGGUUGGGACACAAGCCCUGUGUUUCAUCGUUUGGGCCUCUGGUUUCUAUCUUGGGCGAAGGGCGAUUCCAGAGACAUUCCUGCACUGACCUUUCACUUUGGCCAGGUGGCGUUCUUUCUUUCCAGUGUGUUUUUCUUCACCCAGCCUUUUCCAGAACGCUGGUUGCCCGGUCACUGUGACUUCCUGGGUCAGGGUCAUCAAUUAUUCCACGUGCUGCUGGUUUUGUGUACACUGUGCCAGAUCCAUGCUUCAACUUUAGACUACCUGAACCGACGCCACCUCUACGUUCUACUCCAUUCUGGUGGCGAGGCAUUGUUCUUUGUUGUUCUGUAUAUUGUAACAGUGGUCACAUGUGCUCUAAUAGCCUUAUAUAUGCUUGGGAAAGUAAAAAGAUUGCUCGGCUGCCGGGAAAAAAUUAAGUAAAAAGUAGGAGGAUGUUUCUUCAACUUGGCAAUUUCAUGUCCUAGGGGUUAAUUUUUAUUAAAACAAACAGAUUAAAUUUUUUUCUUUUAGUUAUAUUGUAAGGUCUCAUUAAAACUGAAUUAGAAACUUUUUACUAUUUCUUCAACAUUUAUUUUGGUACUUUUCAAAUGCCUUUUAUGUAGGCCUAUAGUUUUGACUGUUUUAGCCUUGACUCAGACUUUCAAUGAUCCCAUUUACAAGAACAGCAAUACGCUGAUUACUCAGACAAACUGCGAAGAGGCAUGUGCACAACAUGUGCGCACAUUGGAUCAACUGGUAAGAACGCCAGUAAAGGUGUUUACAUGCAACGCAGAAUCGGUGUAAUAGACAAUAAUCUGCCUGUCUAUCGGUUUAUUCUAAUGUCAUUUAUGAAUUUACAGCAAUAAAGGAAAGCCGUUUAUGGUAUUUACAUGACCACAUGUUGUCAGCUUAAUCAGUGUCAGCAAGGCCGUGUUUGAUGUGAAAUAUGAGACAUGUGAAAAUAAUUACAAUCAUUUUGUGCAAAUAUCAUCUACCAAAAAAAGAAAUUUGAAUGUAGAAAAUUUUUUCAAUGAGACUUUACUUUCUAGAAAUCCAAAGGAAUGUGCCUAAAGUUGAAGAAACACCCAGGAAUAUUUUGACAGAUGCUUGAAGCAACAGUUCACACUUUCCAAUGCAACUCUCAAAUAGUUUUUGGGGAACUAUUCCUUUUAGUGUUAAAUGGUAAAUUCACCCUAAAAUUAACAUUUUGUCAUCAUUUACUUUUGAUCAUGUCGUUCCAAACUAUUUUUUCAUGGAAGGCAAUAGUUACCACACAAUGAAGUGUCUGUUAGUGUGUUUCAUUCUGCUAUACAUUUCCCUUUGUGUUUAGAAGAAAGUAAAAUCAUUUUGCAGGGAAGAAAAACAGUCAUAUGCUUUUGGAACGAUGUGAGAAUGAGAAAAAUAAUGACAGCAUUUUCAUUUUUGGGUGAACUAUCCCUUUAAGAACUUAUCUUUUAACAAUGGGCCAAGCCACACAUAUUUAAAUAUGUGAAAAUUCUCAGUGCUUAAACUUAUUGUGAUAGUACUCUUGAAUGUAUUCAUGAAUUUAUUAAGUGCCUUUCUGAGAGUCUAGUAUUUAUCACACACCAGCCAGAAAGUUGACCUUAUGAAGCCAGCAUACAAAAUUAGUACAGUACUUUAUAUUGAAAAUGUCAUUUUUAUGGCUCAAAUAAAACCUUAUGUACUUGUCCAUGGACAAAUCAGAAUAGGACAUUAAUCUGGGAUCUAUUGAAUGUAUCACUUUAUGUCAUUAUCAUUAAAUACUUAACAUUUAACAAUAAGCCAGUAUAAACAGGUAAUUAAUGUUGAUAAUCGUGAUCUUAUUUUUCAAAUGUAUUCAGUACUUUUGUGAAUAAGACUCUGGUAUUUAAAAAGUGAGAUACUGUAUUUCUGUCAGCAAGCAGUGUUGGGGAACUCCUGUUGUACUUGCUGAAAUUUUAGAAGUCUUAUCACAAUUUAGACUAUUCUGUAUUUCUUAUACUGCGUACUCAAAAGGUACUAAUGCAAGAACACCCCCUGUUGUGCUUUUGGAAUAGUUUACUUUAGAAUGAAAGCAGCAUAAAUGACUUUUUAACUGCACAUAUUUUUUAGAGGAUAACAAACAUUUGCACUUAUUGAGCUUUAUUGGUAGUUUGCAUUUAUUAGCCAUAGUCUGAUUUUCACUGUACUUGCUGGUCUUUGAUUUUAUUGCACUGUAUUUUAUUCAAGUACUAUGUAUGCCAAUUAAAAAGGAUAUUA